CGGAUUGUUACAUUUAGUUUCACAUUCUAAGGUGCCUUACAUAUCAAGUCUUUCUCUUCAAUUUUCACUUUACACGUUCGCUGAAAAGCGCAUAAACACAUAUCCUUCCUAUCCGAACACCGUGACUGUCACAGUUUUCUUCGCUACACAGUCAUCCGCUCUGCUUCGAUCAUCUCUUAAGUCUUCUGACAUCCACCAACCUCUCAGUCAUUCUAAUCACUGACUCUCCUAGCCAUGGUCGACAAUCGAUGGGUCUGUGUCACUGCUGCCGAGACCCAGAUCGGUUUCCGUAUUGCCGAGACUCUUUUGAUCCAUAUAGAUUUCUGCGCGAAGAUCAACAGGGUCGUAGCCCUCACAACGCACCCUGAUUCCGACAGGGUGAAAUUUUUGGGGAGGUGCGGAGCUGCCGUCGUUCCACACCGGCGUCGGUAUGAAUACGAGAUUCUCCGAGCACUGCAGAUGGGUGGGUGCGAUACCAUCUGUUUGGUUCCUCCUGCGAACGGGGAGAGAUUCCAUAUUCUCCUCGACAUUGUUAGUGCAGCCAAGCUCUUGGGUAUCCCCAAUAUCUGCUUCAUUAGCUCGGUGGGGUGUGAUGUUGCCGACCCGCACUGGCAGCCCGGGCUUCGUCUUUUCUUUGACAUGGAGAGAUAUCUUCUUAAUACCAUGAGAGAUCCCGAUUCUCCUCUCCGUUACUCUCCUGUUGUGAUUCGCCCGGGGUUCUACACUGAUAAUGUUUCCGCGCAAUUCAAUGCAGGCCAGGAUACCGGCCAGGAUAAUACCGCCACCAUGUUCCUUCCUAUUGACGAUCAUGAUCGGUUUGCGCCAAUGGCUCUGACAGACCUCGCUCUUCUUGCGGCACAUAUAUUGACAGGCCAUGGCCAGCAUGGCUUCGAUGACCGUCACCAUGGGCAACUCAUAAUCUGCACUGGCCCCGUGUUAGUCACUGGACGAGAACUGGCGACGGCGGCUAGUGCAGCUUUUGGAAUUCAGAUAGACUUCAAGAGCGCCAGUCACCGGGUAUCAAGGAGUAAUUGGGCUCGAGUUUCCCAAGGCUUCCAUUACGACCCCAAUUGCCUGCUCGAGUUACUUACAUUGGUUUCCGAGGGAAAGAUCACCUUCACCUCCACCAUAGCGUUCCAUGAUAUCACCGGCUAUAAGCCCCAUAGCCCCCAGGAUUUCUUCAACGCCGCUGCAGAGGCGGCCAGGCGGCAGCAUGAACCCAGCCCACAGCCGAAUCUACAACUACUGAACUAAACGAUCCACGAAACGGAUAGUGAGACCAAAUUUUAGCUCGGAGGGUGUGAGUCGUGGUACCGCGGAUUGGUAGGGCUGAAAACGGGGUGUACACAAAUACCACACUUGAUCCUAAUGGUGAAAUUCGGAGUUAAUACAUUUAUAUACUAUAGAUGACUUCAAAUCAUGUCUACCCG